GUUCGGCUUUUCUCAAGCAGCAGCAGCUCACGGAUCAGCGCACAGAUCGCGAUCCUUGGAUGCUUCAUAUUUAAAAGCAGAAUGGAUUUAAACUUCACGCUCUCGGAAGGCAACCUGGCCGGCUUUGGCGCGCUGACGCAGCGGCUGUUUGGGAACAAGUCGCUGUCUCCCAUUGGGAACGACACGGGCGCUCCCAGAGCGGAGGAAGAAGACCUGGAGGUGAACACCGACAUCUACUCCAAGGUGAUAGUCACCGUCAUCUACGUGGCUCUGUUCGCCGUCGGCUCUCUGGGGAACUCCGUCACCCUCUACACCCUGCUGAGCAAAAAGAGCCUGCAGAACCUCCAGAGCACCGUGCACUACCACCUGGCCAGCCUGGCCGUGUCGGACCUGCUCAUCCUCGUCCUCUCCAUGCCCAUCGAGCUCUACAAUUUCAUCUGGUUCCACCACCCGUGGGUGUUCGGGGACGCCGUGUGCAGGGGCUACUACUUCCUGCGGGACAGCUGCUCCUACGCCACCGCGCUCAACAUCGCCAGCCUGAGCGUGGAGCGCUACAUGGCCAUCUGCCACCCGUUCAAAGCGAAGAGCAUCAUGUCCCGGAGCCGCACUAAGAAGCUUAUCAGCGCCAUGUGGAUCGCGUCCUUCGCGCUCGCCACUCCGAUGCUCUUCAUCAUGGGCCAAAUGACCCGCAAAGGGGAGAAGAUCUGCACCACCAUCGUCUCCGCUGUCACCAUGAAGACCGUGCUGCAGGUAAAUGCAUUCCUGUCCUUUGUGUUGCCGAUGGUUGCCAUUUCCGUGCUCAAUGGGGUCAUAGCCAAUCAGCUGCUGCGGAUGUUCCAGGAAGCCGAGCAAGACCACCGCAUGUCCAUCACCAGGGGAAAUCCCACCAUGCUGAACGUCACAGUGGAAUCCAACCGCGCUCAGUCGCUUCGCCAUGGAGUUCUCGUCCUCCGAGCUGUGGUCAUUGCCUUUGUGGUCUGCUGGCUGCCCUAUCACGCUCGUCGCCUCAUGUUUUGCUACAUCUCCGACUGGUCAGACAACAUGUACGACUUCUACCACUACUUCUACAUGCUGACCAACGUGCUGUUCUACGUCAGCUCGGCCAUCAACCCCAUCCUCUACAACCUGGUGUCUGCUACCUACCGCCAGAUCUUCUUCACCACGCUGCGCUACUUCUUCAUGCCUUGCCGCCACACACCCAGGAAGCAGCUGCACCCCCUGACCCGCCACUCCAUCAGCAUUUCCAGCAACCACACCUUCUCCACCAACAUCAUCAAAGAAACAACGUACUGACAAUACGGAACUGUUUGCUGCCAUGUUGUGGCUACAGAAGGAAGCCUCUGUUAGACGUUGAGUCACGGUGCUCUUCGUGGAACUGUGGCGAUCAUCAUUUGUCCUGGUAAACCAAGUGCCCACUCAGAGACCACUGUCAUUUGACUGCAACUGCACAAUGUCUCGUGACUUCUUCAUCCAGCAUUGCAUGAAGUUGUGCCAAAAAAAAUGUGAAAGCAUAAAAUUUGAAGAAGAAGCGAGAGACACUAACGGAUUCAAUCACUCAGUGAGGUGAACAUUUUGUUUCUUAAGAUGUUAAGUAUAAACUUCAGAGACUCUAUAAACAUGGCCUUCGGCAAUACUGUCAGUGCAACGGCAGCCAUGGUGUAACCAUCAUCUGUGAGCGUCUGUGAAUAAACCUGACUUUGAUGUUAGAUGAAGAAAAGCAGGGUAAAGGGCGUGAAGUGUGUGGAGGAAAACCCCUUUCAUCAGAGGCUCUUUACCCGUCCUGCAUGUCUUGGUUUUGGUCAAGCAAAACUCUGUUGCCCAGCUCUCAGCCUGCAGGAGGUCCUUGUUGUACAGCCAACCCUCUCAUUUCCAGCGGGGUUUUGUAAAUACACUCACAGGGAGAAUGUUCAUUUCUGACACUUUUCAUUAUUUGUAGCAACAACCUAUGAAAGCAUAGCCAGAAAAGAGAGGCUGUGCCUGAUUGUUGUACUUGUGCAUAGCUAUGUCAGAAAUUAUACACUCUGGAAAUAAAGUCGUUCCUAAACUCAAAUGUCCACAUCUGUUGAAAGAAAUGUUAAAUCAAGUGAAGCACUUCUUGCUGAAUAUUCCCAGCAGCUGCUGGAGAGAUGUCCAGAGAUCUCUGGAUUCUUCUUUUUUUAGCAAAGCAAGGAGUGAAAACAAUCUAGGCUACUUGGCAGCUAAGGCACAAAAUAACUUGAACAGAAGAUAAAGGAAGAGCGAGAGCAGAGAGACCCGCAGAGUUUUCAGACUAGAGUGAUUUCUUUUUUACAUUUAUUUUCCGAGCAAAUCAGCAGCUUGUUUGUGACAAAACAAUCAGAGCCGAGAGAUUUGCUUAUGUGAAAAGUGGCAAAAAUUACAGUUUGGCUUGAGGUCACACAAACAUUCUGUAACAGUCCAAGGACACAACAACUGAGACGAAUGAAAUGUGGGUUCAAACCACCAACCCACUGAUUAUGAGUAAGUGAAAGUUUUUCACAAAGUUUUGAAAUCUGGAGUAAUAAUAAUUGCAGGUGAUCUUGUAAGGUGGAACCAAACAUUGAGUUUUGAACAUCACCAUACGCCUCAUUUCCACUGAGGAUAUAUUCUAGUAGAUAAGAAAAUGGCUGGAUGUUUUAAAUUGACUUUUAUGUAGGUAUAUUGUUUCAGAUGUCAUUGUUUAAAAUCAGUCAGGACAGAGUCAUGCAGUGCGUCAAGGAAAAUUGUUCAUAGUUUUUUGCACAGUGAGAGUUGGAGCAAAAAGUCUCAUUUGUAUAAUGGUAUUUAUCAGUUUGUUGGUAUUCACCGGUGAUGCAAAAACAAGCACUCUGAAAACAUUAAUAACAGAGUCAAGAGUUUUAUUGGAGUCUAAUACUUACUGGACUGUGUUUCUACAAUAGUUGCUCACAUGGUCAGUUUCUUUAAACGAGCCAACAGAGGCAAAUUGUAAAAAGUAGAAAGAAAAGAUAAUGGACCUAAUUUAUGCAGGCAAAAUUUGACCAUGAGCAUUAACUCAAUUCACUCAAAUUCAAUGUACAAUUUAAAGUGUUCAGUUUGAUUAAUCAAAAAGAAUGUAGGUUAUAUUGUUGUACGUUUUAAUAAGUUAGUCAAGACUCUUUUGAAGUUCUCAAAAAAUGAAUUGCCCGAAGUUGACUUUCUGUUCAUGUCACUGAUAUUCUAAGUCACUGUUGCUAAUCUUACAGUUUCUUCCUGAUUUUUUCUCCUAUUUUCUUACAGAAUGAAACUUCAGUUUGUCUGUCACAAACUGAAGCCACGUUUUUCUGGCUAAAUCAAAAAUCCCUCCUUUGAACAGUAGAAGGCCUAGUAAUGUGGUGCGUUGGGUUAACAAGACGAAGCAGGAUGUUGACGAGUGACGCUACUCUAGUCUGUUUGGGUGGAGAAAGAUCUGGGCCAAAAUGUGAAGCUCUGGAUUUACCAGACCAAUGAAACAGCACAUCUUUUGAAAUCAAUAUUCAACAAUUAACUUAAACGGGCUGCUAGCUGUUGCUGAUAAGUAACUUUGAAAUGAGUUGUGCCUCAUUUCAAAGUGCACUGGAGAUGUUUGCACUGCAGAAACUGGACAACAAAUAUCUGGUAAGAUUUAGUAUUUCUUAACUGAACACUAAAUCUAAAUGAUAGAUGGUCAUUGCUUAUGACCAUCUAUCAUGUGUUGAUAGUAUUUCUGCAAUAACAAUUCACUCAAUCAUUCCACUUAUAUUACAAAGAUUCUACAGAAUCCUCCUGUUGCAACAGGACAGUCAGGGUUGCUUACAAUUAGGACUGCCACUUAUACAUAAGCAGAAAAUGUGUUAUUUUUUGUAGUUUUGAAAUUUAUCAGUGGGUUUGCAAAGUGCAUAUGCUUCAUUCUCUCAAUUCCAAAUUUUUUUUUGGCUGCUCCAUUGUUAUAAUUCUUUAGUCGGCCAGGUUGGAUUAUCCAUUAAUCUACAGCAAACAUGGAAAAUGUUGUUUCUUGUUUAUUUCUUGUUGAACUUUUGCCUUACAAGUUUUAAGUUUGGUAAUCUGACCUCAGCACUACGCAUAGCAGGAAAUGGUCAUACACUCUUGUGCAUUUACAGAAUGUCUGCAGCAACAUUAUGGACUUAAGCAGGUUGUGUUGGUGUGUUGACAAGUUCCUGCUAAUCCCUGGAUGCACACAUAGAAGAAGCAAAUCCUCUUCCCUGAAACCCCCGACCAGUGUCACAAACUGCAUGGUUUGCUUUUUCCGUGCUACCAAGUUCCUGGCAGUAGGAAUGUGUGUGAGUUAAUCAGUUGUGGGUGGAUACGGUCCAAUGGUUAGCAUUAGCUUAGAUGUUUUAGGUUCAGGCUUCAGAUUAAGCAACCACAAGAUGGGCUUUAACAGAGGGAAACAGUUUCUAAGCAUAUUAUCAGGUGGAUUUUUUUUUCUUUGCAAACAGAAAAGAAUACCAAAGAACAAAAACUGAGAUACAAAGUUUGAAAAAAACAAAAAACUAUAGUAACAAUGUUAAUAUAGAAAGCAUGAAAUAAAAACAAAAAAAUCCUAGCUAGGUUUCUCUGAUUUAAUCUGAUCUUGUUAUGUUAUUCAUCUCCGAAUAAAAUUGCUUAAUUGCUUUACAGCAACAAUGGGGGUUGUUUUGAAGUGUGCUUGCCUUGUGGAGGCUGUGCUUUCUAAGUUUGCAGUUUGGAACUCUAACCCCGACACCAUGCAUACCAGGAAACGGUCACAUAAUGCAGAGCAUUCUCAUCUGCAGCAACAUUAUGGACUUAAGGAGGUUGUGUUGUUGUGUUGACAAGUUCCUGCUAAAUCCUGGAUCCACACAUAGAAGAAGCAAAUCCUCUUCCCUGAAAUCCCUGACCAGAGUCACAUGAAUGAUCAGCUGUUUCUGCUUCUGCAGUUUCCUGGCAGCAGGAAGUGAAGAUCCCCUCUGUCAGAGUAGGCACAGUAAAACCCAGAAUUCAGUGCUUCUUUCCUAAACUCACCUGGUUUGUCCACAACGUUAAGAGAAACUAAACAAGGCCUGGGGUGUUUUCACACCUCCUAGUCCAGUUAAGGACCAAAGUUGCAACAUUUGUUCUAUUUUCAGCUGGUGAGGUUUCCUAUCACACUUCACUGUGCCAAACCUUUUGAAAAACCUGUUCUCCUCCUCGCCUGUGGUGGUGCUGUUCCAAGAGCGACUGAAUGACACAAAAACAUCUGAUUAAGACACUCAGCGCAACUUCCUUCUUCACAAAAUGUAAACAAAAAUGAAGUAGCGUCAGAUUUUUUCAGUUGUAGGAUUUCUCUUUUGUAUUUGGUAAAAGAUAAUGAGCCAUUUCUGCCGCUAGCGCUGGACUCACACGUCUGUUUUAGUUAUAUUUUCCCAGAAUGCCCUGCACCAUAGACCGCUUCCUGCUUUUGGAGCAAUUACUGGUCCGCUCGGCUUCCACAUAUGUAUCCGAAGCGCACAAGGGUUCACUUCAACUGAUCUAAGACCUAGGUCUGUAGGCAGACCAGAGUUUUCUUUCUGAACUAAACAGGGCUGGUUUGAAUGCAACCUUAGUUUGUGGUAAGGCCGUAAAAAACAAAAAAACUAAAUAAAUAAAAACAGACUUUCAUAUCAAGUUUACAUGGCAACAAGUGAUUUAGAGUUAAAACCCUCAGGCUGUCUCUGUUUGGAAUUCCUCAGUAAGGAAUGCAGCCAUUGACUGAGUCACGAUAGCAGCUUGUCCAAAACUCCAAAAAAUGUGCUUUAAAUUAACCAAAUCUGCUCUUUUAUUAAGAGGAGCACUUUGUUCUACUCUUGUAGUAACUCUAUUGGGUUAAUGGUUUCUGCAAACUUCCCAAUAUCAACUUUCUUUAAAUGCACAUAAUAAAAAUAUGACCGCCAGCAUGUUUCUCUGGCGCUCUCUCCUGCUGAGCUGCAAUAUGUAAGGGUAUACUAUAUGGGGAAGGUUUCACCUCCACACACACUGCUCGUUUGUGCAAACACACCACUUAGCAGAGAAGUGUUUGACCUUUUCUGAAGCACAGUCAUUGCAUUUAAUCGCUGGAUACUUGGAAAAAGAAAUACCACUCAUAAUGUACAUGGAAGUCCAAUGUCUUACUGAAGCUACAUCAGCUUUGGAAGAGUACUUUGGGUUUUUACCAGAGGCCUGUAAUAAAAUCCUCCAUCUGAGC